AUGGAGAAGACCUUGACAAUGAUUGAUUGUACUGAAGAUUACAAGAUGUGGUGUGCCGCCUACAUGUUGAAAGGCGAAGCGAAUGAUUGGUGGAGAUCUACGGAGCCUAACCUUGUUGUUACCCAUCCUAACCUUACAUGGGAACAGUUCAAGGAGGCCUUCUUCGAAAAUUACUUUCCAAAGAGUUAUCGAGAAAGGAAGGUGGCAAAGUUCAUGGAUGUCUCUCAAGGAUCCAAAUUAGUCCUUGAGUACCAGCAGGAGUUUAAGGAGCCGCUCCAUUUUGCUUUUAUUCAUUUGAAGGACGAUGUUAAAAAGGGCAAAGGGUUUGAGAAAGGUUUAAGGCCGGGAAUGAGCUCGAUGUUAGUGUCUCAUGGGCCCCAAAUCUAUGCUAAGGUGGUUCAAGUAGUUAAGUCUAUUGAGGACAGAUAG